AUUCUAAAACAAAAAAUGCCCUAUGUCAGACGCCAUCCAAAAAGCCCAACGCUCAUGUCUCUCGUAUCCAAAGUAAAAACAAACAAACAUGUCCACCAAACUUGUUGCACGAGCUUAUUAGUGGCCCAAGUUAGAGGCGUCUCAAAACUCGCCGAGAUCCAAACUAAAGACUUUCCCUUAUUUAAGUUGUUACCAACUGGCAUUAUAAGUACAACAUACUUGCAUUCUAACCCUACUCACUAUUUCUCAUUUUCAAUCUCAGAACAGAACACGGCUACUUCUUCUUCUUCGGCGCCGCCUCCUCUGUCCAGCCUUGUAGCGUCGUCCGCGCCGACCAAGACCACCGCGUGCGAGUUCAGAUGCGGUGGCUUUGGUGGUGACCUCCGCACCAUCGCCGCCCUUGCCAUGUCAAGAUCUACGUUUCACACCGUUGCUGCUCCAUCAUCGAGGGCCGCGAACGUUCUCGGCUUUCCCUUCGUGGCGGCGGUGUCCUCGGUGCGGCUUUCUACCGCUACGCCAGCCGUCUUGCACGGUGACGCUUCUGGCACGGACUUCAAGUACAGAUUCGUGUUCUCUACUUCUUCUUCUGUGAUGGAAAUUCUUGUACGAAGUCUGGAAACUGAGUCAAGCCUGCAUCGGAAGGUGUGGACCUAUUUUUCCUUGUUGACUCCAUUGCUCAAAGUUCUCGUGGUCUGAAAGGUGAUUGUUUGUGACUUAUCUCUUUUCUCUCAGGUGAUUGUGGUGCAUAUUCAUCUGCUAUGCAAGCUGUCCUCUCACGCCUAUUGUGUGCUGCUGCUCCUCCUGGACAUACUUGGCAAGAAAAUCGCAGCCAGCGUCUUAAGGCAAGUGAUAUUCCAGUUUACUUAAAAUAUUUGUGCUUUUUAGCUUUUUCAUAUAUCUUUCCUUUGAAUCACUAUUCUCUGUAACCUUUCCUUGCAAUUGCUUAUGUUUUAAGGCUGUGGUUGGAUGGAGAGAAGAAUCCUUCCAGAAUCCAUUAUUCGUUGUCAUAUCCGGGAACUGGACACCUAUCAUAGUUCAGCAUAUGUUACCUGUUAGAGAAAGGUUUGAAUUUGUUGUGAUAAAAAGUUCGUCCUGAUAUUCUUUCAUGCUUGUAGGUAGUGGUGUAGUUACGACCCAAUUCGGCAUCAUUAUACAGUAGACGAUCGAGCCUUGGUAUUAGUAGAAAGAGCCUUUGUAUUAGUAGAAAGAUGUCCUGACUAUCCCUCAACACUGCCGCAUGUGCCCUUCCAGAAUUCCACGUAGUGCCGAAAUCAUGAGGUGCAUCUCUGCCAAUAUGGUAGCUGGGAAGACUUUGUACGGUACAGAUUCUUCUAGGAUAUUCCCCUCCUCCGCCUCCCGGGGGUCCACGGGAGGCAUAACGAACAUAUCUAUGCCAUUCAUUUUGAAGUAUGUGGUGCUUUUGAUUUCCGCCAAACAAAGAAAACAAAGUUAAUACUGGUUUCAGAAAUUAGCAAUACUCAACAACAUCUAAAUUCUGAAACUAGUAUUAACUUUGUUUUUUUUGUUGGGGAAACAAAAGCACCACAUACUUCAAAAUGAAUGGCAUAGAUAUGUUUGUUAUGCUUCCCGUGGAGGCGAAGGAGGGGGAGAUCCUGGAAGAAUCUGUACCGUACAAAGUCUUCCCAGCUACCAUAUUGGCAGAGGUGCGCCUCAUGAUUUCGGCACUACGUGAAAUUCCGGAAGGGCACAUGCGGCCGGUGUUGAGGAAUAGUCAGGACAUCUUUCUAUUAAUACCAAGGCUCGAUCGUCUAAUGUAUAAUGAUGCCGAAUUGGGUCGUAAGUAGUGGUUAAAUUUUAGGGCUGGCCCUAACCCUCCAAAAUAAUACUAGCCCACAGCCCUAAAAUUACAAAAUUUUAUUUUAUAAGCCCUAGCCCUCCCAACAAAAAUGAAAAUAGGACUGGUCCUACAAGCCCCAAAACCAAAGAGGCUGUUUUGGUCAAAAACCUUUUCUUAGCUGCUGAUCCUCACCUUAGACCCUUGAUGCAAAAAGAUGAUAAAUUGAGUGUUUCGCAGUCCUUCACCCCUGGCUCAGUAAAUUUAUGCUCAUUUAUUUAUUUAUUUUAUAAGUUGUUCAGUUUCUGAGAAAAUGAAAAGAUAUAAUAAAAAUAAAUGGUGCUAAAGAAAA